AUGAGCGCGACACAUGAGAUCCCUAGCGAGGCGUUGGAGACCUUGUCACCCCGGAACAGGGGAUGCAUCGAGCGGCUGAGGGCACACCAGCCAGAGGAGGUCGAUCUGUUCGUCCAUCUCUACCAUCUUCCUGUUACCCCAAGUCCUGAGGCUGUCGCAAGCUCCAACUAUCCUUCCACGAAAUUGGCAGCAGUCCUCGUCUUACUAUACGAGAAAGCCGGCGAACUGCGCGUACUCCUGACCACCCGCUCGAAGUCCUUGCGUGCCCAUCCAGGACAGGUCGCUCUCCCGGGAGGCAAAGUCGACGCAACGGAUAGUGACGUCUUCGAGACCGCUUACCGCGAAGCGCACGAAGAAGUCGGGCUCCCGCUUCACUAUCGUCACGCGCAUACUAUAUGCACCCUCCGGCCCUACAUCUCGUCUAGCAAGCUGCUCGUUACGCCCGUGGUAGCCCUUCUCACCGAACCCUCAAUUGUCGAGACCUUUGUGCCUUCCCCAGGAGAAGUGGACCGCAUAUUCAACCAUCCCCUCGAAGCAAUACUGGACCUUAGCAUUGCAGCCAAAGAGGAAGUGUCACCUAAAGGAAGCACGGACUGGCCAUAUGAAGACGAGCUAUAUAAUUUCUCGGACAUAGAGUUGCCAUGGCUGGGCGACAGCACCUACCGCAUGCAUAGAUUCCGUUCAACGGCUUUCGCGAUCAAAGGCCUCACCGCUGACAUACUCAUUGCGACAGCCAUUAUCGCGUACGACAAGCAACCAUCGUACGACCGUUGGGCCCCCCGGCAGCUCCGCACAUUCACGCCCAUCCUACGCAUACUCGAAACCCAAAUUGAAGUGCAGCACGCUGUCUCGGGAACAUCGACCCCCACACCGAAGGUGGAGGUGGGAGUGCCGUCAGGACUGGAGAACGCGGUGGUCAGCGCAGACAAGUGA